AAUUAUACACCAUGUCAGUGUUAACUCUACUUCUCGUUUCAAUUGUCGGAUACGUUUCCGCACAUGGCAAAGGAGGUCCUUAUUUAGGAGGACUUGUUGAUGAUGGAGUUCUCACUAGUGGUCCACUCCUUGGCGGCGGCGGAAUUAUUGGUGGGGCAGGAGGAAUUCUUGGUGCUGGUGGACUCCUCUUAAACAAUGGUGGAUUAGGAGGAUUGAUCGGCGGAUUAAACACAGGACUUGUUGGUGGAGGUCAACCAUGGUGUACAUGCAGUUUGAAAUGUGCCCAAGGACAGAUCAAACUCAACAAGAACUGUAACUUGGCACCUCUCCUUCCUGGAGGUUUGAAUACUUGUUGUUCCUUAUUGCCAUGGUGGGUAACCAACCAAAAUUACGGUGCUUCCCUUGGAGGAGCUGGUAUCAUUGGUGGUGGAGGUAUCAUCGGUGGUGGAGGUAUUAUCGGUGGUGUAAGCGGUCUUGUUGGAGGUGGCAGUGGACUUCUUGGGCCAAUCGGUGGUAUUGGAGGUUCAAUUGGUGGUGUUGUAACAGGACCAGUCAGUGUAGUUAGCGGAGGCAGCAGUGUUGUCGGUGGAUACGGAUCAACUGGAAAAGGAUACUAUUAAAUAUUCUAAAGGUAGUACGAAGAAGAUCGGAUAUGAAAUGCUUGAGAAACUGUAAACGUAUAGAAUACAUAUUUUUUCAGUUAAA